AUGCACGCGCCUAUGGGCCUAGCUGACUGGACGCAUGUGAAGCCGUUGCGGGGAGGUCAGUUUGCAUCCCUGCCACGCACGCAUUCGCCAGGUCAGCUGACACCUCCUCGUGGCAUUCUUCCGGUGGGACUGCCGACGCUGGUCCCGUCACCUUCGCCACUGCCCUUUGCGAGCCCUGGCAACUGGCAGCCGGCGCUUGCAGGAGCAGGCGUGACUCAGCCGAAUGUGCCGUCGAUGUCGGCCGCCUUCAAGGUGCAGCCUCCGCCCUUGCCUUUGCAGGGAGAUGCGGCUUCACAGCAGGAGCCCACCACGCUCAGCGGCAAGCCGCCGAUGUGCUGGGCCUAG